CCGUCCUCUUAGCGAAGAGCAAAAAGCGUAUGCAGCUGCUGAUGCUCAGUGUUUGCUUGAUAUAUUUAAUGUCUUCCAAGCAAAGGUUGAGAAAGAAGUUGCAGGGAAUUCUUUUCAUAGGUCAUCGAACUUUAACCUUGGGUUGAAGCAGAUUCUUGAGAUUUCUAAUUGUUGUCAGACGGUCCUAAGGAAAAAUGUCUCUGAAGCUUCUAAUGUGAUUCGAGCUACUAUGCCUGAGUUCCCAGGUAGAAUUCCUGCUAUUGAGGCUAAAGCCUCUGAGAAAUCAAGUGGAUUUACCAAAGAAAUGGAUGUCAUCCUCUUGCGUAUUGCUAGAAAAUAUGGUGACAAAAUUUUGUUGAAGGACUCUGACAGGAAACCUAAAAUGUCCAAGAAAGGAAAAAGGUCAUCUGCAGGGAUGACUUACAAAGAAAGACUCGUGCAAAGUGUUGAUGAUUGGCAAGGGGCCCCCCCAUGGGAUCUUUCAGUGGGUGGUGAUGGAUGCCCCAAAUUUCUCUGUGAUGUGAUGGUGGAAGGCUUAGCAAAGCAUUUACGUUGCGUUGGGAUAGAUGCUGCUAUUCCGCAUUCAAAGAAUCCUGGAACUAGGGAUUUGAUAGACCAAGCAAACAAGGAAAAGAGGGUGCUUUUAACUCGGGAUGCGAAGCUUUUGACACAUAACUAUCUGAUAAAACAUCAAAUAUACAUGGUCAAAAGUCUUCUGAAAAAUCAACAGCUACUUGAGGUAAUCGAAACUUUUCAACUGAAAAUUUGUGAGGAUCAGCUAAUGUCAAGGUGCACUAAAUGCAAUGGGAAGUUCAUCCAAAAACCCUUAACAACUGAAGAGGCUGUGGAAGCUGCCAAAGGAUUCCAAGUGAUUCCCAACUGCUUGUUUAACAAGAAUCUAGAGUUUUGGCAGUGUAUGGACUGCAAUCAACUUUACUGGGAGGGAACCCAAUAUCACAAUGCUGUUCAGAAGUUCAUUAACGUGUGCAACCUAAAUGAAUAGCUCAAAGCCAUUUGAUUUGAUGAUCAAACAAAAGGCAACCAUGCUUCUGUCGUGGAGAAAACAAAAGGCAACCAUGAUAAAACGAAAGGCAUUGUGAUUUAAUGAUGGCAGUGCUGUUCAGAAGUUCAUUAACGCGUGCAAACUAAAUGGAUAGCUCAGUGCCAUUUGAUCUGAUGAUCAAACAAAAGGCAACCGUGCUUCUAUAGUGGUGAAAAAAAAUACUGAAUAAAAGUUUUGUUAUCUUCUCUCUGGCUCAAGUUCUAUUGACUUCUUGUUACUUCGUAUGUAAUGGGCCUGCAACCCUCCCUAGAACCCACCCAAAAAAAAAAAAAACUUUUCUGUAGCAGUCCGCCUGUAACAACUUAUUGUAAAAAGUAGCUGUUUGGAUUGUAAAAAGUAGAUGGUGUAAAUGUUUCGGUGUCAUGCACAUCCGUUGAAUGGCUCCAUCACCCUUUACUCUCUUACAAUCUGUAAGUGGGUGUGUGUCCAAAUAAUACUCUCACUAUCAGUCCAACAC